UAUCUAGUCAUCUGCCUAUUUAUUAAGAGGCAACAUGACUGCAUUGUGUUCAUGUUACCGCAGCUUUUGGCGCCUCCUUUUCAGUGUUGAUUGGUGACAAAGAUGAAAAUGGCGGUGGCGGUGCUCCUUGUGCUGCUCAUCGUCGCACUCUCAUCCGCCAUCAUCGCCGAGCUUCCGUCUGCAGAGGCAGCGCUCGACGUGAGAGGCCACCGGCGGCUGAAAUCCAUGACGGUCCUGUCCCCGCCCUUCUUCCUCCGCCCCGGCGCCGUCGCCAACAAGUACUACCACGACAUCGCCUUCCCCCGGGGCCACGUCGCGCUCAAGAGCUUCAACGGCGAGGUCGUCGACGACCGCGGCGCCCCCGUCCCGCUCCACGAGGCCUACCUCCACCACUGGGUCGUGCACCCGUACUACGCCGCCACGAACGCCACCGCCGCGGGCCGCCCGGCGACGCUCCCGGCGAGGAACUCCGGCGUGUGCGAGGGCGACACGCACGGGCAGUACUACGGGCUGGGGUCCGAGACCCGGCGCACCGCGACGUGGGUGCCCGACCCGUACGGCGUCGAGGCCGGCGACCCGGCGGCGCCGCCGGAGGGGUACGAGGAGCGGUGGAUGCUCAACGUGCACGCCAUAGACACGCGCGGCGCCGCCGACAGGAUGGGGUGCACGGAGUGCAGGUGCGACCUGUACAACGUGACGGUGGACGAGCACGGCCGCCGCAUCGCCGACGACUACGCCGGCGGGCUGCUCUGCUGCUACGACCAGACUCGGUGCAGGGUGGAGGAAGGGUUCGUCGACGGCGAGGCGAGGAAGCUGUUCUUCCGGUACACCGUGAUGUGGCUCGACUGGAGCGAUGCCGUCGUGCCGGUCAAGAUUUACAUCUUCGAUGCCACUCAUAGACCUCUGCCUGUGGGUUGCAAGGUUGAGUACGAGGUCGAGGAAUGCAGCCCGGAGAGGCGGGCCAAGAACGAUUGCGUCCAUGUUCAGGUGGCCAAGCAAGUCGUCCCGCGUGGAGGCGACCUCGUCUUCGGCGUCGCGCACCAGCAUGCAGCUGGCAUAGGUUCUUCCUUGCACGGCCAGGAUGGGCGUCUUCUUUGCGAGUCCAUCCCAACCUACGGCGACGGGGAGGAGGCCGGGAACGAGGCGGGCUACAUCGUCGGCAUGUCGACGUGCUACCACCCGGCGCCGGGCGCCGUGACGGUGCGCGACGGCGAGACCCUGACCGUGGUGUCCAACUACAGCAGCGAGCGGCGGCACACGGGCGUGAUGGGCCUCUUCUACAUCCUCGUCGCCGAACACCAGCGGCCGGCUCCCGACACGAAGCCGUCCCUGCUGUAGUGCUUCAGCUUCCCGGUCUCAUGGUGCCUACCCUCAUGGCUGUGGAGCAACCUAUGAAAACUGACAAGCGAUGCAUGAAGAAGCUGGAAUAAAAAAAAUCAUCAUCGUUCAGUAUAUACUACUCCGUAUAUAUAGCAUGUGGGUACGAUCCAUAUAUCUGUACAAAAAUAAAGAUAUACGUAUAUGCAGAGUGUAUGUUUGUGUACAUGAAUCACCAUUACAAGGUCACUCAGAACUAGAACUACUCACUGCAUUCCAAAAUAUAAGACGUUCUAAUUU